UUCCUUUUCAGGAGACAAACCCCCCUUAAGGCGCUCUUCUACUGAGCUACAGGUUUUAGGCCGGGUUUCCUCUUGGCGACAAGCACCAGAGGGAGCUGUUCGUGCGCAGCAGCCCCGUCCCCUCUCCGGCCGUUAGGCUGGCUCCUCCCCGAGAAGGCGGAGGGCUGGAGCGACUUCGGCGGAGCGGCGAGGCGAGGCGAAGCGACGGGAGGCGCUGCCGUAGCAGCUGUUUGACAACCCGCCGGCGGCUGGGCCUCUCCGGAGCGAGAGGUGCGUUUCGGGCGGGUUCCGAGCGGCUGCAGCUCCAAAGACCUCGUACGAGAGAGAGAGAGAGAGGCGCGCACCCGUCCGGUUGCAUCUGAUGGAUCAAUAACCCUAUAUCACUUCCAAAAUUGAAAAAAAUGAUGCCUGAGGACCUAGACCAGUUCCUUGAAGAACAAAAAGCAAAGCUGGCACAAGACAAAGCAAAGCUUGACAAUGAUCCACCUUACAUGGAAAUGCAGAACAAAAGUGCAGAGAAGCUUUCUGAGACCAGCAAAAUGUUAAUAGCCAUGGCUAAAGAAAACAUUCCACCAAAUAGUCAACAGACUAGUAUACACGAUUAUGGCUUAAGCUUGCCUCUCGGGGAAGAAUAUGAAAAUAAAAAGCACAAAUUGAAGGAGGAGCUGCGACAAGACUACAGGCGUUACCUUUCUCAGGGUAUUUCACAGACAAAAAAGAAGAAAAAACACCUUACAUCUGGUGAAGUUGACCCAUAUACUCAGGGACUAUCACUUCCUAUUGGUGACAGGAGGUCUGCUAAGGACAGGUUAAGACUUGAAAGAAACAAAGAAUACAAUCAGUAUCUCAGGGAAAGAGAAGACUGGAAUGAAAGGUUAAGAAGAGUAGGGAAGAAGCACGCAGAGCAUGACACAGACACAAAUAAAAAAGGCAUUGCUGUCACCAGAUCCCAGCCAGCAUUACAUACCCCAGCAUUACAGCCACCAAUAAGAGAUGAAGAAUUCUUCAAGAAAGAUGCUUGCACUUCUACAGAUACCUUUGAAGAGCUGUCAGACAAGAGACAAUCAGUAGAUCAACACCACAAACCAAAGAAUGACGUUGGACAUGGGGACACCCUGUUACACAAACAACUUGAUGAAGUAUUGAACAUUUCCAACAGAAAGCACCAAAGACUGGAUAGCAGACCUGAGACCUUUUCUAGAAGGCAUCACAGGUUUGAUGAAGGUCAUGAUCCUGAAAUAGAUGAUGAAAUGGACCCUAGAUUUCGAUAUGAAAGCGACUAUGACAGAAAGCCACUGAGGGUCUUUCAUGCUCAAAGAAGCCAAGGCACUAAUGAGCAAGCACAAGCUGCUGCUGGCAGUGUCCCAUAUGCAACAGGACUAAUCAUUGGUGGUCAAGACAGAGAGCUUAUCCAGAGAAGAAAAGAGCAAUAUAGGCGAGAACUGAUGGAACAAAUUGCAGAGCAACAAAGAAAUAAGAGACGUGAAAAAGAGCUUGAGCUCCCAGUUGCUGCAUCUGGAGUUGUAGACCCCGAGAAGAAGCUAAGUGAAGAAAAGCCUAACCGGCUGAAAGAAUUGGGAUUAACACCACGAAUAUCUGAGGAGAGAAUACCACCAGAAAGACCAAGACCAGCAUUUCAAACUCCUACACCUGGACCUACCUCCAUAUCUGCACCUCCUAUCUCACCUGUGAAUGAAGAGUUCCACAGAGGGUUGUCCACUACUCUUGGAGAAAUGUUGGCUCCCAGGAUUGCACCGUUACCGCCUCCACCUCCACCACCAAUUCUGAUUGAUAACUACAGAACUCCAUAUGACGAUGCAUACUUCUACUAUGGUGCCAGGAACCCUUUGGACCCCAGCCUUGCAUAUUAUGGCCCAGGUGUAACAGGGAUGCAGCCUUCAUCUGCCCCUCCACCUGUAGAUACUGUUAACAGACCUCCUCCUAUGACUGCAAGUAAAAUCGGAACAAGAAUUGCAAAUGACAGGCCAAAAGGUCUGGGUAUGUUUCCCGAAGAAAAACCAAAGACCUCAAAAGAGGCUACUUUAGCUUAUCAGCAAGAAUUACAACAACAGAUAAGGGAAAGAGAAGAACGUCGCAGGCAAGAGAAGGAAGAAAAGGAACGGUAUGAGGCCAAAUUAGAAGCUGAAAUGAGAACGUACAAUCCUUGGGGCAAAGGAGGUGGCGGCGCUCCUCUCAGAGAUAAAAAAGGAAACCUCAUAACUGACUUGAAUAUGAUGCACAAGCAAAAUGAAGAUGCAUAUCAUAAUCCAGAGGCACGAGUAUAUGAAGAUAAAAGGGCUAUAGUAUCUGUUGACCUAAGUUUGGCCUCCCCAAGACUUGAGAAUACAGAUGAAUCUUCAAAUAAAAUAGCAGGUUUCACAUAUACACAAACAUCCCCAUUUGCUCGUGGUAACAUUUUUGGUGAAACACCAACACCGGAGCAGCUUAGGCGGCAAGAAUCGUACAAGAACUUUCUUCGUUUCCAGAUUGAGGAGAAAAGAAAACGAGAAGAGGAAGAGCGUGAAAAACGAAGACUUGAAGAAGAAAGGGAAGAAAAAAGGCUAGCUGAGCAGAGGGCUAAAAUACAGAGAGAAUAUGACGAGGAAAUAGAGAGGAAACGAAGGAGAGAAGAAGAGCAAAGAUUAAAAAAUGAAGAACUGUAUCGAUUAGCUGAAGAAAGAAGAAAAGAGGGGGAGAGAAAAAGGGCGGAAGAGGAAGAAAGGCUGGAUAAACAGCUCCAGCAGAAUAGUGAAAAUGAAAGACAGAUUUCUAGACAACCUUCUCCUCUCAUUCCAUCUCCUCAGAAUAAAGCUGUCGUAAAAGAAGAAAGGGCUCUUUUAGUGGAGAGCCGUAUGUCUUACUAUACACAUGAUGUUCCCAGAAUCCCAUCUCCUCCAGUUCCAGCUAGAAGAAACCAGCUACGUGCCUAUGAAGAAAAGAAGAAUGUAAUAAGUGAGCUGUCAGAGAUGAGGAAGCAGCUUCGCAGUGAGGAGCGGCGACUCCAGGAAGAGUUGUUGAAAGUCCACAGUGAUGACGAUGACAUGCCAGCAAAAGGCAGGAGGAAAGAUAAAUACAACAUGGAUGUAUUUGAGAUGGCUAGGCUUCGUAUGCAAGCUCCAGUCAGACGACCGUCAUCAAAAGAUGUCGCUGAUCCUAUCAACGUUCAGAAUAUCCGGGAGUUUAAUGAACUUAAAUACAAAGAGUCGGACACACGGGUAGAAACACGAUAUAUGUAUCCUGAUCCUCCCACGACUAAUGACGCCCUGGACAUUCAGCAGCAAGCAUUGCUAAGAGAGCAGAACAAGAAACUUAAAAAACUGAGGAAAAAUGCAGAAGCUGCCCUAGAUUUUGAUGAGCCUGUGCCUGGCUUUAAACCGAGAGACAGAGGAAUGGUCAGAGACGAUGUGUCAAACUCACUUUUAGAGUCUGAUAGUGCUUUUAUUGGUACUGACGGUGAAACCUUUCCUAUUUUAGAAGACCAUGACUUCAAUGUGAAUUCACCUCCACCACCGCCAGUAUCUGCAAGGGAAAGGAGGCGAGAAAAGAAAAUGGAUGCUGGCGCCCUUGGGCCGACUCCACCACUGCAGACUGACAACGACUCUCUGCACUCAAACUCUAGUCUUAAUAUAGAUCAGCUGAAAGCCAGAAAUGAAGAGCGAUUGCGAAGGCUGAAUGAGCUGCAAAAGAAGGCCAUUCAUAUAGCUGAUGAUGUUCCACUGGGAAACGCCGAUGACAGAAGACCCAGCUCUGUGGACACAGUGGCAACCGAACCGUGGCUGAGACCUGGGACAUCAGAAACCCUUAGAAGAUUUAUGGCUGAGCAGUCAAGUCAAGCUAAGCUUUCUUCUGAGAUGAACUUACCAUUCAAUUGGCAGGGGCUGUCCACAGCCCAUGGCUGAAUAAAAUCUGUAGUGAAGCCAGUUGUGCCUUUCAAAAGAAUGUUUCUCCACUACUGCACUUUCAAUUCUUUAAUUUACAUGCUGUGUGCAGAGAAGCACAGCUGUAACAAAUCUUGUGAACAAGAUUUUGACAACCUGCUGCAAUCUUCUAUCUUCUUAAGUUAAAUGGUCAGUAUGUUACUGAUAUGAUUUAAUCUUGGAAGGGGAACUUGCAUACUAGGUCGUCUUGAAACUGGCAAGCUAGAGCCAAACAUGCAUCUAUUCAGCUAGAUGGCACAGAGGCAAGGCUUUCCAGUUUAGCCGCUUGGUAUUUUUUGUUUGAAAAAUUACCUCAGACCUCAAGUCUUACAAGAGUGUGAAACGUGUUCUGCAUUUAACAGAGAUGAGUGCUGUGGCUUGGAUUUCUCAUGCAUUUCAUAGGUAUUCAAUGAUCUGAAUUGAUUAAUAAGUGUUCCUUUUGCUGAUUUAGGGCUUAUCCUUGCUUACCUUUCCUCUGCACUUCAUAGGCAUGGCCCACACUUUAAAGCUCUGUGUCUGAGCGCUCAGUUUUUUUGCUCCAGAGCUUUCCCCAUGGAAACCCACACUCUUUACCACUGUAAAAGCUCAACGGUGGAAAAGGAGUGCUCAGACACAGAGCUUUAAAGAGCAGAGCUGUGCCUGGAAAUUGUGGGGGGCUAAAGUUAAGCAUGGUUAAGCCCUUAUUCUGUUUUCCAGACUUUCUAUCUAAUCAUUUGUUCUAAUAUUCUAAAUUACCCUGUCAUCUUGUGUUCUUCUGUAUUUUAAAUGUCAGUAGUGAAUACUAUUAAAUAUAUUUAUGGUCAUGAAUGUAAGAUUAAAAAAUAAAUUAUAUUUUACUAGGAGAAGUUUAAAACCAUUCUUGUGAAGAUGAAUUCUAAAAGAACCAGAGUGAGAGACCCUCCUCUGCUCACACUUCCCAUUCACUCUUGCCCAGUGACACGGCCUGAAAAACACAAGUUCUUUUGUUUCUAGCUCUUGAACUCCAAACACAGGACCAGAUGCGUGAGGAGUAGUGGAGAUAGGAGCUCCUGUUCAGCCAUGCUAUACUUUUGGGGUAAGUACAUAUGCUAUUAGUACCCCCCUUUUCUACAUCCCUUAAAAGUUUUUUUCCCCCUGUCAUAAGACUAGGCCCCAGGGUCAUCCAGUGCAGCUAAGUGGAUGAGAAAUUCAGGAGAGACAAAAUGAAGUUCUUAAAUUAGGAAACAUGUGGUGAUGGUCAUGAUUUUAAAAGGGGGAUUAGCUUUAUCCUCUAUGGAUGACUGUCAGUGGCUACUAGUCAUGAUGGCUAUUGGUUUACAUGCUUCUCUUCUUUUUGUAGAAGUAAUACCCUGGCCAUUCGACAAACGUCAUUAGUUAUACAAUUAAAUACCCACAACUAUUGUGCUUGCAAAGUUUCCAAAGGCAGUUAGACCAAUCUGCUAAGGAUUUUUAAGUUGAAACACUGAAGCAAUUAGUUUUUACAUUGCAUUUGUUUUGAUUGCACCAGUGAAAGAAUUCAAAAACUUUAUUGACCUAUAACCUGAUUAGAAUAUGCCAGAUGAGAACCAAUAUUGUACAGAAAGUUGUACAGAAUUUACAUAGAAAACUUUACAGAGCUGUACCAUAUACAUUUUUCCAUCUGAAAAUUUUUUCUACAUCCACUGUAAGACAGAAUGCUUGACAAUCUUUUCUUUAACCAUCAGAGCACAAUUCACAGUAUGAAUACAUUUCCAAUAAAUUUAAACCAUCCUCAAACCAUGCCAGAUUUGUUACUUGAAUAUAUUCAACAUUAAAUUCUGUACAUAGUGAAAUCUACAUCAAACAACCCAAAAAAAGGGGGGGGAAAGGAAAAAAAGUGACAGCGGACAAAACCUAGACUUGUUUGCAGUGAUUCAAGUUCCAGUCCUGAAGGAUCAUUGCGAUGGCUUAUUAUAUUAAAAAGCCCUAUCACAGGUAUAUUACAAACAGUUAGUCAGUUGUAACAUUUUCAAUCUGUUUUCUUGACAAAAGGCAGCAAGGCUAGCUUUUGGGAUACAGAUGGAAAAAAUCAGAACUCAACCCCUUACUAGUGCAUUUGGUAAACAAACGUACAGGUCUCUAAGAAAUAAAAGAAUGCAGGAAUAACUAUAUAGUGUUUAGGACUUUAUAUUACAGACCUGCAUCUCUGUACAUUUUUUUUCCACAGAAGGAUGAUUACCUAUAUCUCAGAUAGCCUGAGUGUGCAAAAGAAA